CCCUCGCUCUGCGGGGCCGUCCCCCGGCUCGGCUGAGGGGAGGGCGCUGACCUCCAGGCGGUGGGAGGUUGGGAGCCGCCGCCGUCCGUGAGGGGAAGGGCCUGGCGUGAGGGGAACGGGCCGCACCGAAACGGUUUAAACCCCUCCUCGGCGCCUGUGGCGAGGGGAAGAGAGAACAGUUUGUCACGGUAACAGAAAGAGCCGGCAUAAAUUGCACAAUGGCAGAAGCUACCGUCUCCCCCCUGAAGCACUUUGUGCUGGCGAAAAGGACAAUCACUGCCAUCUUCGACCAGCUGCUGGACUACGUCACCGAGGGAGCAACUUUUGUGGAAGCAACGUACAGGAACCCAGAGCUUGAACAUGUAGCAACAGAAGAUGAACUAGCAAAAAUACAGGCAUAUAAAAAGAAGUUAGCAGUCAUCGGUGAGGUGCUUUCACGGAGACAUAUGAAAGUGGCAUUUUUUGGCAGAACAAGUAGUGGGAAGAGUUCAGUCAUCAAUGCAAUGCUGUGGGAUAAGGUGCUUCCUAGUGGGAUCGGCCACACCACUAACUGCUUCCUCAGCGUGGAGGGGACAGAUGGAGAUAAGGCUUAUCUUAUGACAGAAGGUUCUGAUGAAAAGAAGAGUGUCAAGACGGUCAAUCAGCUGGCUCACGCGCUUCACAUGGAUAAAGAUUUGAAAGCUGGCUGUCUGGUCCAUGUCUUCUGGCCCAAGUCAAAGUGUGCCCUGCUGAGAGAUGAUUUGGUUUUAGUGGACAGCCCCGGCACAGAUGUCACUACAGAGCUGGACAGCUGGAUUGACAAAUUCUGCUUGGAUGCUGACGUGUUUGUCUUGGUUGCCAAUUCUGAAUCAACUCUCAUGAACACGGAAAAACAUUUUUUCCAUAAAGUGAACGAACGACUUUCCAAGCCCAACAUCUUCAUCUUGAAUAAUAGAUGGGAUGCCUCUGCAUCAGAACCCGAAUACAUGGAAGAUGUGCGCAGGCAGCACAUGGAGCGCUGUCUGACUUUUCUAGUUGAUGAGCUCAAAGUUAUUGAUCCUGUAGAAGCCAGGAAUCGCAUCUUUUUUGUUUCAGCAAAGGAAGUGCUGAGUGCCAGGAGGCAGAAGGCCCAAGGAAUGCCAGAGGGUGGUGGAGCACUUGCUGAAGGGUUCCAAACAAGAUUCCAGGAAUUUCAACAUUUUGAGCAGAUAUUUGAGGAGUGUAUCUCGCAGUCAGCCGUGAAAACCAAGUUUGAGCAGCACACUAUCAGAGCUAAACAGAUAAUAGAUACUGUGAAAAACAUUAUGGACGCCAUAAACGUAGCAGCAGCAGAGAAAAGAGUCCACUCGAUGGAAGAGCGAGAAGAUCAGAGGGACAGGCUGGACUUUGUCCGAAAUCAGCUGAACAUUUUGACAGAAGAUACGAAGGAAAAAAUCAAACGCGUCACCGAGGAAGUGGAAAAUAAAGUCUCCUCUGCCAUGACCGAUGAGAUUUGCCGACUUUCCGUUUUAGUUGAUGAGUUUUAUUCAGAUUUUCACCCUUCUCCUCAAGUAUUGAAGCUCUACAAGACAGAGCUGAACAAACACAUAGAAGAUGGUUUGGGCAGGAACCUGGCUGAUCGUUGCUCCAGUGAGGUCAAUCAGUCGAUGCAUCAGUCGCAGCAGGAGAUGAUUGAAAAUCUGAAACCGCUGUUGCCUUCUGAUGCUCAGAAUCAGCUCCACUUGCUAAUUCCCUGCAGGAGGUUUGACCUUAGCUAUGAUCUGAACUGCCACAGCCUGUGUGCAGAUUUCCAGGAGGAUAUCAUGUUCCACUUCUCCUUGGGUUGGACUUCGCUCGUGAACCGUUUUUUGGGUCCUAAACAAGCCCAGAGAGUGCUCUUGGGACUGGCAGAUCCAAACUUACCGAUCCCACGUCCUUUAGCUGCCACCCCAUCUGCUGCCUCCCUUCCUGCCCUCACCCCGGAGAGCUCGGCCCAGGACGAUUUCAUGGUUCCCCUGGUGAUGAGUUUGGCUUCGCUGACGUCGCGCACCUCCAUGAGCAUCAUCGUUGUUGGCGGAGUGAUCUGGAGAACAGUGGGCUGGAAACUCAUCUCUCUCUCCUUAAGCAUGUACGGGCUGUUGUACCUCUAUGAGAGACUGACCUGGACCACGAAAGCGAAGGAGAGAGCCUUCAAACAGCAGUUUGUGAACUACGCCACCGAGAAGCUGCAGAUGAUCGUCAGCCUCACCAGUGCUAAUUGCAGCCAUCAGGUGCAACAGGAAAUGGCCACCACCUUUGCCCGGCUCUGUCAGCAGGUGGACAUUACCCAGCAAAACCUGGAGAAAGAAAUCGCCAGGCUUUCCAAAGAGAUCGACCAGCUGGAGAACAUCCAGAGCAGCUCCAAGCAGCUGAGAAAUAAAGCCAUUCACCUUGAGAAUGAACUAGACGGCUUUACAAAGCAUUUUCUUCAGAAGAGUAAAUAAAGCAUCGUUGCUGACUUUCCUGGUGAUCCUUUGUAGGACAAAGUAGGAAAUUUUACAGAUUACACUUCUCCUCUGUGGAGUCACAUGAAAUGAUUUAUAUUUUAAAUGUUACUUUGAUGACACUUGUUUAAUUACUGUAAAACUGGGAGGGUGAAGCGAAGGGAAGAGGUGUGGUGUCUGAGUGCUAUGUUAGUUUGGCGGAUUUUUGAGUUAAAAAAUUACCUUUAAACAAACACUAAAAUUCUUUGGGCACUUAAUAAAAACCAAUUAAGGAUUUGGGUUUUUUAAUUAGUAUGUAGUGGUGGCAGGUCUGGCUUCCUGGCAUCCAGGAGCUGGUGCAGGGAGAGAGAGCUCAUCACGGCCUCGCCGGCUCCUCUUCUCCGUCACUCAGGAAUUAGCCAGGGAUGGAGGAGGAUUUUUGUGUGUGUUUGUGUGUAAUGAAGGGAAAUAGAAGCUCUAGCACGAGGUGAGGACUUUUGGAAGCAGAUGAGAUGGGGCUGGGCAGAGGUUCCUCUUCCUCAAAUGGAGUGGAAGAUGGUCAUUCGCUGAUGAAAGGCGCUGGUUUCCCCUCUGGCUGCCACUCAGUAAGUAAAAAUCAACUUAUUUGACCAAAUUUGGCAGAUUUCUGACAGUUGAUGAAGCGGUGAAAGGGUCAGUGGCUGGACCCCAGGCUGAGGUGUCACUGUCACCAGGUUCUGGUGCCCAGGGGUGGGAGAAGGGGCCCAGCUGGUGGCCUUGGCUGGUGAUGAGAGCUCUGGGGGGGCCGGGGGGUGUGGGGCUGGAACCCAGAGCUGCCCUGGGGUCUGCCCUCGGGGGGAGCAGCUUCACCUCCAGCAGCACAAAGCCUCUUUUUUUUUAAAAAAAAAAACAAACCACAACUAUAUGUUUUUUGCUGUUGCCAUCUGCAAUCAUUUAACACCUUUUUUUUUUUUUUUUUCUAACUAGACUUUUAUCAAAAGUAACUUAUUUUAAAAGAGAAAGCCUUUUCGGAAUAUUUCUAUAUUUUUACGGCAGCGUUAACACGACUCAAUGAAAUAUGCAGCUUUAAAAACUGAGCUGUGGGGAUUUGCUAUUUCCAGUAAUUAAGGGCUAUUUUAAAUAGAUGUAAGAUCUGAUGCUGGAGGCAGGUAACGGUGGGGAGCUCGGGGACGCUGCUGUCACCGCGCUGUCACCUGCUGCUUGGUCCUGAGGCUCUGGGGUUUGGGGGGAAACUGUGAAAUCCAGGACUGAGGAGGAGCCCGGCCUUUGUGUGGGAGAGGGGGGUUUCAUGCUCUUCUUCUGGAGCACUUUUGUGGAGUUGCAUGUGUUCUGCAGCUAUUUAUUAAAAAGAAAUCCUACCCCUUG